UAAUUCCCAAGUCUGCCACAUUUGCGCUGCCAUCGCGCGGCCACGUAAGAUUGACAAUAAUGACAACCAGAAAUUGUCUCGUAAAGAAAUUAUUGUUGAAUUUUGAUACAAACGCCACGAAUUGAAUAGGAAAUAGCCAAUGAAUCUAUUAAAUUAAACAAAAUGGCUCAACCGAAUCAGCAAAAUGGUAUGCCCCCCCAAAUGAAGCCCCCAAUCUACAAUGGAGUUCAUUCGUCGCAUUCGUCACGCGACUCGUCCCCCCAUGGCAAAAAUAUCCCCCUUUCACAGCUGCCUCCACGCUCCGCCAUCCCCCCAACACAACUCCCGCCAUCUAGAUCCCCUAAUAUAACUCAACAGUUGAGCCAACUCAACAUCAACAAAUUUAACACUUCAACACCUAAUCAAUCACCGAAUCCAAGUGGACUAGUCAGUAGCGCAUUUUCGCCAAUUGGAAGCACCCAAGCGCCGCCCAGGACCACGCAAGCCCCACCCACCGGCUACAACUUCACCCAAAAGCCGCCCUCAACACAAGGACAAAUGCCAGUAAUUACCAAUCAACAGCCUCAACAAAAACCACCAACAAUACAAAAUCAAGUCCAAGUCCCGCCCCCAAAUCAAGGCCAGGCCCCGCCCUCAACGCAGAACCAAAUGCCGCCUCCAGUAAAAAAUCAGAGCUUUGUUCCGCCGCCACACAACUUUAAUUCAAGUCCUAUUAAUCAAGGUCAGGCCCCGCCUCCGGCGCAGAGUCAGAUGCCGCCCCCUAUCAAAAAUCCGAAUUUUGUUCCGCCUCCUCACAAUUUUAACUCUAUUGCAAAUCAAGGUGUGGCGCCGCCUACAACGCAAGGUCACACUCAAAUACCGCCCCCAAUAAAAAGUCAGAGCUUUGUUCUGCCUCCAAGUUCUGUUAUAAAUCAAGGUGUGACACCGCCCCCAACGCAAGGUCAGGGCCAAGUACCGCCUCCAAUAAAAAAUCAGAGUUUUGUUCCGCCGCCACACAACUUUAAUUCAAGUUCUAUUAAUCAAGGUAUGGCACCGCCCCCAACGCAAGGUCAGAGCCAAAUGCCACCUUCAAUAAAAAGUCAGGCCUUUGUUCCGCCGCCACACAAUUUUAAUUCAACUCCUUUAACGCAAGGCCAAAGUCAAGUCUCGUCUUCACAGAAUUUUAGUUCAAUGCAGCCGCCCCCAAUCCAAGGCCAAAUACCACCUCCGAAUAGCCAAAUUCAUAAUAAUUUUAAUUCGAGUCCUAGUAAUCAAGGAUAUCGGCCGCCUCCAAAUCAAGUCCAAAUGCCACCGCCUUUAAGUCAAGGCUAUCAACCGCCACCAGUUGAAACUAAUUUGCCUUCAAACCAAUUUAACAAUUCGAGUCCACGGCUGCCGCCUCCGGGGGCACCUAAGGCCAAUCUGCACUCAAACAGAUACCCACAAGGGCCACCCCCUCAGCAGAGUUAUAACCCUCAAGCCCCGCCUAGUUUCAACCCCCAGACACAAAAUUACCCCGUCUCGGCACAGACGCAGCAACAGUUCUAUCAACAGAACAGCGUGACUCAAUCUGGUUUUAACAAAUUAUGGGGCCACGACCACUUUGAUCUCCUUCAAAAUCCGAACGUUCUACCUCCGGAGAAAGUGGCGCCACCUAAAGUCUACUUAGGGAAUGAGCUUCUCGAUUCGGCGAAUUGCAGUCCAGAAGUUUUCCGAUGUACGAUGACGAAAAUCCCCGAAAGCAACUCUCUGUUGCAGAAGUCGCGUCUACCCUUAGGAAUUUUGAUUCAUCCCUUUAAAGACUUGACUCAUUUGCCGGUAAUUCAAUGUAACGUUAUCGUGAGAUGUCGCGCCUGUCGCACCUACAUCAACCCCUUUGUUUAUUUCAUCGACACGAAGAGGUGGAAAUGUAAUUUGUGCUAUCGAGUGAACGAAUUGCCCGAAGAAUUUCAGUUCGACCCUGUUAGUAAAACAUACGGGGACCCGACAAGAAGACCGGAGAUCAAGUCUAGUACUAUCGAGUACAUAGCACCAGCGGAAUACAUGUUAAGGCCUCCACAACCGGCUGUCUAUUUGUUUUUGUUCGACAUUUCCCGGCUUGCCAUCGAGAGUGGCUACUUGCAAAGCGCAUGUGCUGUGCUUUUGGAAGAACUGAAAAGUUUGCCAGGCGAUGCCCGCACGCAAGUCGGCAUAUUAGCCUACGACUCGGCUUUACAUUUCUUUGGACUCGGCGAAGGGUUGAGCCAACCCCACGAAAUGACGGUGCUUGAAAUCGACGAUAUAUUUCUGCCUUGUCCCGACAACCUCCUAGUGAACUUGAAGGACCGAAUCGACUUACUUACCGAUCUGUUGACCCAACUACCAACGCGUUACAACAACAGUUACGACAACAAUUCGGCUCUGGGGGCUGCCUUACAAGCGGCGCAUAAAAUGAUGGGGGCUACCGGAGGCCGCGUUAGCGUUUUCCAAGCGUCGUUGCCCAACGUCGGGCCCGGGGCUUUGGUCCCGAGGGAGGAUCCCUCCCAGAGGGCUUCGACCGAAGUCCAGCACUUGAACCCAGCCAAUGACUUCUACAAACGCUUGGCUUUGGAGUGCAGUGGGCAGCAGAUCGCCGUUGAUUUGUUCGUUCUGAACUCGCAGUAUGUGGACAUGGCGACUAUAUCGGGGAUUAGCCGGUUUAGCGGCGGUUGCAUCCACCACUUCCCCCUGUUCAAGGCAUCAAGAGUGUUGCAGAACGAGCGGUUCGAACGGUGCUUCCGCCGGUAUUUAGUGCGGAAGAUCGGGUUUGAGGCUGUGAUGCGUAUUCGGUGCACUCGCGGGUUAUCAAUUCACACGUUCCAUGGCAACUUCUUCGUGCGUUCGACCGAUUUGCUAUCGCUGCCAAAUGUGAGUCCUGAUGCUGCGUUCGGUAUGCAAGUCUCGAUUGACGAGACCCUGUCGGAUGUGCAGUCAGUCUGCUUCCAAGCGGCUCUUCUGUACACUUCGAGCAAGGGAGAACGGAGGAUAAGGGUGCACACUUUGUGCCUUCCGGUGUGCGCCACCCUAUCCGACGUGAUCAAUGCGGCCGAUCAGCAGUGUAUUGUGGGCUUGCUGGCCAAGAUGGCAGUUGAUAGGUCCAUGCAGUCUAGUCUUUCGGACGCACGGGAAGCGUUCAUAAACGUGGCCAUAGAUAUACUUUCGAGCUACAAGAUGUCGCUGAAUAUGGCCGAAGGCCCCACCUCGUUACUCGCGCCCCCUUGUUUGCGGUUAUUGCCUUUGUACAUAUCGGCCUUACUGAAAUCGACGGCUUUCCGGACCGGGACUUGCACCCGACUGGACGAUCGCGUCAAAGCAAUGAUCGAUAUGAAGACCAAACCGUUAGGACAUUUGAUACAAAUGAUAUAUCCCGACUUGUAUCCCGUACAUAACUUGGAGGAACAGCCCAUAGUCCUGAACAGUGAAGAGGAACCAAUCCCGCAACCACCCCACUUGCAAUUAACCGCGAGGUGUCUGGACUCCAAAGGCGCGUUCCUUAUGGAUACCGGGGAGCAUAUGAUCCUCUUAGUCGCACCGGGAGUGUCCCCGAUGUUCCUGAGUGAGGCGCUAGGUGUCCGGGAUUACAUGUCUAUCACUGACGAGAUGUACGAAUUGCCCGUUCUGGAUAAUCUUCACAACCAAAGACUGCAUCAAUUUAUAAAUUUUUUGAACGACGAGAAACCCGCUGCAGCUACGUUGCAUGUCAUUAGAGAUAAUAGUCCGAAUAGAAUAGAAUUCUACGAAAGGUUAAUCGAAGAUAGGGUAGAGAAUGCACUCAGUUAUCACGAGUUUAUGCAACAUCUCAAAACUCAAGUUAAAUGAAAAGAGGGGACGGGUCAUGUUGAUGCAAAAUUAUUGCUCAAAAACGGGGGGAGGAGUUUAACGCGUCUAAGGUUUUACUUUUAAGGUUGACUUUAUUUUGAUAUUUAUAUAUUGUGAUAUGUAUCUUUAUAUUCACAUAAAAUGUAUAGCAAUAUUUUUGCAUUAAUCUCAUGCUUUGUUUAUUGUACGCCGUCAGAACUCAUCGUUCAUUAUGUUUUGAUGUCUAUCGAUCAUUCUCUGUUAUAGGUUCAGCCGCGUUAUUUUGUCCUACAGGUUAUGAAAUUGUCUGUUGGUACCAAUAUAAGUUGUAAAAAUAAAGAAAUGUAUAUAAUGUA